CGUAGUACAGUGUGUUCUCCCUGCUCAGCUUUUCUCUCCUUGGUGCCGCAGUACCAGGUGUGUACUAGUCGGUGUUGCUCAGGAGGCACCAACAGCCAGAUGUUACAGAUGCUGUGGGUUUGAGAAAGGCUCUGGGUCGCUGCCGGGAAGUUAAUACACACUGACAAACGAUGCAAACAGCUCCCAUUACACUGUGACCAAAGGCAUGUCACAUUUGACCUGCCUGCUGCUGUGCGGCUAGCCUGUCAGCUAAAGUUAGCCACCGACCGCUAGCAGCUGUCUGGCUGUGACACAAAACUUCACUCAAAGAUAAAUAACACCACAAUACAAAGUGCACGGUUUAACCGCCGCAGUAUUAAGAAAACUUUCCGACUUCCAUGCGGACUUUGUGCAGUGUCUCCAGCCGCCGUUUGGAGAGGGUUAACUCUAGUUACAGUACCGCAGCUGCAGCCGCUCAGUCAAGGGUCAACAAUGUUGUUACUGUACGGCACCGCACGCCUACUAGGAAGAGGGAAAACUAUGCUCCGUGAACCGGUUAAGAGGAUUUGCGGAAACAUGUCUUCCUCCUCUGCCUCGGGUAAGAGACUGCGGGUUCUGGUCGACAUGGACGGAGUUCUGGCGGACUUCGAAGGGGGGUUCUUGAAGAAGUAUCGAGCCCGGUACCCGGAGGAACCCCACAUCACCCUAGAAGACAGGAGAGGGUUUUGGGUGUCAGCGCAGUACGGGCAGCUGAGGAGUGACCUCUGUGAAAAAGCCAUCAGUAUCUGGGAGUCCAAGGACUUCUUCAUAGAACUGGAGCCACUGCCAGGAGGAGUGGAGGCGGUCAAGGAGAUGGCCAAGAUGGAUAACACAGAUGUCUUUAUUUGCACCAGUCCAAUAAAACAUUAUAAACACUGCCCGUAUGAGAAGUAUGCCUGGGCAGAGAAACAUUUAGGCAGUGACUUUCUGGAGCGAGUCAUCCUGACUAGAGACAAGACAGUAAUCACCGGGGACAUCCUCAUCGAUGACAAGCCUGACAUUCUAGGCGUGGAGCCCAAACCGACGUGGGAGCACGUCCUGUUCACCGCCUGCCACAACAAGCAUCUUUCCAUCAGCCCCUCCCAUAGACGACUCCUGUCUUGGUCGGACAACUGGAGGGCAAUUCUGGACAGUAAAAGGCAGUGAGGAACCCCUUCGCACAUGAGCCCCAGCCACAGCCACCUGGCUUCCUGGUUAGUUGAGGACUUGGGGGUCUCUGUGGUAACAUCAUCACAGCACCGGUGGGGGUCGAGACUCAGAGGGAACUCUGUCUCGCAAUACCAGAACUUAUUUCUGAAAAGAUGUACAGAAAAAUUUUAAGAGGGGAACAAUCAGAGGAAUGAAUAAUAUAAACAGGCUGGCUGUCUUACACAAAGCAGACACUUGUUGCACUCUGUCAGGAGAGGACAUUCACUUGUUUGACCACAAGGGGGCACUCUGAGACUGAGUGUGAAGUGAACUACCUUUCCACCAACUUUCACUGAAAAAACUGUGACAACAAAACUUGAGGUAAAAGGGCAGAUUGAACUUAUUAUAUACAGCAGGGCACUCCACCACUCACUUAGAUGUACAAAAAAUAGUUUAUGUGAGUCGUAGGCACUGUCGAGUAUGUGCAAUACAUAAACAUACUGUAAGAACACACAUUGUUACAUCUGGUCAUCAUUUUACAUGUACUUUUUGGGAGUACCACUGUCAUGUAAAUAUAAAUACAUGUACAGAGAUGUCUCUUAUGGUUUUAAAGAACAGAUGUAGUUACAUUGGUGCUUUUUUAUACACAGUUCCUCUGUUUCACAAAGAUCUAUGCAUCUUAACUAAUACACGGAUAUAAGAAAAAAACUGAAUUGCGCACAUACUGUAAAUAUGCAUGUUGCCAAAACCAUCACUAGUGUUGGAUAUGUUAGAAAUAUUAAAGGAAGAAAAGACA